AUGCCUGCGCGAAAGGGCUUGCUCGCACCCCAGAACACAUUCCUGGACACCAUCGCAACCAGGUUUGAUGGAACUCACAGCAACUUCGUGCUGGGCAAUGCACAGGUGCCGGCGCUGUUCCCCAUCGUGUACUGCUCAGACGGUUUCUGCGAGCUGACGGGCUACCCGCGGGCGCAGAUCAUGCAGAAGGGAUGCGCCUGCGCCUUUCUCUACGGGCCCGAGACCAAGGAGGAAGCGAUACGCGAGAUAGACGACGCGCUCGAGAACAAGACCGAGCUCAAGCUCGAGGUCAUCUUCUACAAGAAGAAUGGAAGCCCAUUCUGGUGCCUUCUGGACAUCGUGCCCAUCAAGAACGAGAAGCACGAAGUGGUCCUCUUCCUGGCAUCGCACAAGGACAUCACAAAGUCCAAGAUGGCCGAGAUCGAGACGGACGACGCGGACGAGACGGCCGAGCUCGACGCAAACGGCAACGUGGAUCUGGAGGGCUGCGUGCAGAACAACAACUACCAGCGGAGACGGAGUCGGGCGGUCCUCUAUCAACUCUCGGGUCACUACCGCCACGAAAAGAAGAUGUCCAAGCUCAAGCUCAACAACAACCUGCUGCACUCGACGGCGCUGCCUGAAUACAAGACAGCGGCCAUCAAGAAGUCCCGCUUCAUAAUCUCCCACUACGGGGCCUUCAAGACCUGUUGGGAUUGGCUAAUCCUGGUCGCCACGGUAUACGUCGCCGUCGUCGUGCCUUACAGUGCCUGCUUCGGAGAGAUGCAGCCGCAGCUGGACGGCAACAGGACAAUCAUCUCCGACGUCAUCGUCGAGGCCAUGUUCAUCAUCGACAUCGGCCUCAACUUCCGCACGACCUUCGUAAACAAGAAGGGUGAGGUGGUGGCCAAGCCCAAGUCGGUGGCCCUCAACUACCUGCGUGGUUGGUUCAUCGUAGACCUGCUGGCCGCGCUACCUUUCGACUUGCUCAACGCCGCUGGACUGUACAACAGGGACAACCAGAUGUACCUGCACCUACUGAAACUGACUCGGCUGCUGCGACUGGCGCGGCUGCUGCAAAAGAUGGACCGGUACUCGCAGUACAGCGUGGUGGUCCUCACGCUUCUCAUGCUCAUGUUCACACUCGUCUCGCACUGGCUCGCAUGCAUAUGGUUUGUCAUCGCCGUCCAGGAGAUGGAGUCAUUCCCUAACAACAACAUCAGUUGGUUGAACCAGCUGUCUAUGAAGUUGCAAUACGACGUGCUGCGACCCCUCGACAUGGCCGCCACGUACAUCACGGCACUCUACUUCACCACCAGCUCGCUCACCAGCGUGGGCUUCGGGAACGUAGCGGCCAACACGAACGCCGAGAAGGUGUUCUCCAUCCUUACCAUGCUCAUAGGAGCGCUGAUGCACGCCGUGGUGUUUGGGAACGUGACGGCGAUCAUCCAGCGCAUGUACGCGCGGCGGUCGCUGUACCAGACCAAGCUGCGGGACCUGAAGGACUUCUUUCGGCUCCAUCAGCUCCCCAAGCAGCUGCGGCAGCGCAUGAUGGACUUCUUCCAGACCACCUGGUCACUCAACAACGGCAUCGACCCGAGCGACGUGCUGCGCGAAUUUCCCGACGAGCUGCUCGGCGACGUGUCCAUGCACCUGCACAAGGAGAUACUCUCGCUGCCCAUCUUCGAGCCGGCGCCCCAGGGAUGCCUCAAGCUCCUGUCGCGGCACGUGCGCAGCAACUUCUGCGCGCCCGGAGAGUAUCUGGUGCACAAAGGGGACGCCCUCUCCUACAUACACCUCGUCUGCAACGGGUCCAUGGAGGUGCUCCAGGAGAGCAUGGUCGUCGCCAUCUUAGGCAAGGGGGACCUUGUGGGCAGCGACAUUUCAUUGACGGCCGGAACGGAAACCGUCAUGAAGUCAAGCAGCGACGUCAAGGCCCUGACCUACUGCGAUCUCAAGUGCCUUUUCAUCCCGGGCCUGGUCGAAGUGCUCAAGCUAUACCCGGAGUUCGCGGAAAGCUUCUGCCACGACAUCGUGCACGACCUCACGUACAACCUGAGGGAAGGUUACGAGAAUGAGGCGGAAGAAGCAAACGGCGUGUGUUCGCUAACCCUGCCGUCGAUAUCGGAGGACGAUGAGGAGACGGGCAGUGAAGAGACGGCGCCGGGCUCUCCCGUGUCCAACGGCCAGGAGACCGGCGCCAAGCUCAAGGAGGACUCGUGGGAGCCGUCCGCGACCACGGUGCCCAGCCGCACGCCUGCGCCGCAGGUGCCUCCGGUGCCCGCGGCUGGUCGCACAGAAGCGGCGCCCUUUGCAAGGCGCACGUCGGCCCUAAGCUCGCCUUUUCGCACACCCACGUCCAUAGCCAUGGAAAAGCUGAGACCCGUCGCCACAUUGCCGCAUCUAGGCCGCUCCGUGGAGCUAUUCGAGCUUCGCGACGAGAUGGAGCAGCUCCGGGGCAGCGUGGAACGGCUGGACGCACAGCUCAAGAGUGUCUCCCAAGACGUGGGCGGCCUGACGCAGGAGCUGCGCGCCAGCGCCCGGCUCCUUCAGCAGCUGUGCAGCGGGUGCGUACAGCUAGCGACGCGGUCGCCCGGCACACCACCCGGAGGCAUCAAGCUGCCGCCAACGCAGCAAGAUCAGCAGCAUCAGACGCCGCUGGGGUCGCCCAAUGGCCUGCUCCAGAGCCCGCCGCCUUUCAGCGUGACGACGAUGCAGUCUCAGCUGCGCGUGUCGCACCAGGGCUCUCAGACGGACUGCAGCUUAUUGGAAGAGAUGCUCAUCAAGAUGGCCGACUCGGGCUCGCCGCCCCCGAACUCGGGCUACUCCUCGGGCUCGUCCAACGAGGAGAGGGUCAAGUUCAUCAUUGGUCAUCCGUCACCGCGCCGCUGCAUCGCUUCGUCGUCAGAGGACAGUGCUCUGCUCAGUGUGUCCAGGGACCAUCUCGUGCCAUCGACCACACUGUCUUCGCGGUCGUGGCAAGUGUCGACCGAGUUCUCGGAAGUGCCGGCUUCGCCCGGGAGACCCGACCACGUCAUUGAUGUGGAAGAAUCGCUGCGCCGGAGGCUCUCAACUGAACUGUAGCCAGUGUUAUCCGAACGUAUGGCUGUCCUUCACCACCCGUCCAGUUCUAGUCAGUGAGGAGCGUGCUUACGCGGCUGCUCUGGCCGCUCCUGUGGGCCCCGUCAUGCGAGUCUGACUGGCUUGUAUCGUUUCUCGAGAGAUUCUCUCGACGAAACAAUCAACCGGACCACACUCGAAGAAGAUCUCAGCUCUGUGCAUAGCGCAGCAUCCGCAGCCUCCACCUGAGCUACCGUACAUAUUUUCAUUGAACGGAGAUGCUUUAAUCUUAGAUACAGAACACGCCUGCAGGUCUCCCUCUUCGUUCUAGUUUGAGCAAGAGAAUGAAAAGUGCGACAUCGCACGAGUUUUGUGGCAUCGCGGAGUUUUCGCGACGUUCAGCUUUGCCGCACUAACUAGCACCAAGACAACAGCUCAUCUCCGAGAGCAUCACAUCUGCUUCCCGCAAGAGAUCAAGGCGACACCACGGCGCAUUCGCCUUUAGUUGCUCGGCCCCACCUGAAGCAGCUUUCACGGACAUUUCUUGCUUUUUUUGUAUCAUUGGAACAUUACAGCUAACAGCUCACGCAGGUCUAAGCAGGACGCUUCUUUGUUUUGCAUUGCAGCUAGUGCGAGUGUUCCACUCUUGCUCCAGUAUUAACGGCGCACUUGCUCACUUCGUCACACGGCAAACAACUGCGUCACGAUCGCGAUGGCAAGACCGGAGCGCUGGGCUUCUCAAGUUCAGCGGUGACUUCAGUGUGCGCGCCUGCUCUGUGUGUCUCAAGCGCGGCCGAUACAUCCGCAUAGAACUCCUCGAACGCUUGUUUCGCUUCAAGCUUGCCUCCGCAGCUGACCAUCCCGCAUAGAGCAUCGCACCGACGCUGCGUAUGGCACGGGCUAGGUCCUUGCCCACCUGCGCCUACGCUACAUGAGUAGCCUGCUGUGAACUCCCCGCUCCAUGCAUUACCCUGCUGUACAUACACGCGAUAGUGUUUGCAGAGCGAAGGAGACGUUGGACAGGAAAAGACUUCCAUCGGACUUACCUGCUUCGUUCUAUUCACCCUGUGUCUGCCCGUACCGGCAGGUUUUAUUUCGCGUGUGCUGAAGAGUUAAGUUGUCCGGUAAGCCGGCACGGGACACUGGCGGUCAGCAAUAUACUGGGUCGGUCACAGAAGUGUCGUUUUGUUUGUAAUAUCCAAAUCGAUGAUAUGUUCGAUUGAUUUUUUUUAUUUGUCUCCUUUAUUGCUUGGUCUGUAUGCCGCUGCGAAUGCCUGCUGUUAUGAUCACGACCUUUGACGUCGCUAUUUUGGCUCAUUUGGCUUGACUUAUUUUUCAGAGAACCAGUCCCGUAAAACGAAGCUUAUACGACAUUACAGAACUGUUAGCUGCCUGUUAUUAGGUAGAGUCGGACAAUGCGGCAAAACAAAACGAAAGAGCAACCAUCAUAGAAUAUAGUAAAUAGAGUGCAGAGUCGCACUUGGCAUCUUUCUUUCUCCUUCGUUACCGAAUUGAGAAGUAGUUUUGGUACAAGCGAAUCAGACAUCUAAGUGGUCAUCAACUUCCCUAAACUUGUCAGAACUGAAUUUAACCUAGUGAUGUCUGAAAAAGAGUUCUGCUUGAUCUAGCAGUAGGUUCACGCUUUGUUUAGACUCAUAAUUUCUUUCUAGUACGGCCAGAGCCGCUGAUUAUAAUAAGAAAAACUUUAGAUAUACAUUUAUUCUGCACUCAGCGAAGAACCUUUGACCUACCAUACUCGUCUUACCUUGAGCUCGGUAGGCGAUCAAGUGUAAAAACAGCGUGGUAUUAAUGGACAUAAGAUCUCUCUCCAGACGUAAUUGCGAUGAUCGACUGUGAUGAGAACAGCUGAAGAAAGCAUGUUUACCGAAACUUAGCAUUAUCCCUACACUUGAAAAGAAGUAAUUGAGGAAGAAAUGAUGGCUCAAAAUCGGUAAAUAUGACUGUAAACGAUAAAUUUCUAAGCUCUUAUGGCUUGUCUCAGUGGCAUGUGUGAUUGGACGUGGGGCCUUCGUUUCUUAAGCUUUCAGCACGCGGUUCAUCAGAAAAGGAAUUACGUUGUACUACCGAAGAAUAGGAGGAUGAUCGAGCAAUAAAAAACUUACCUCUUACUGCUCCUGCCACUGAACCUUCAUACACAUAUGUUUAUGUUUAAAACGCACGACAGACAAACACGCGACGCAUAAAUGAACGUGUCAGAAUGAGCAUCAGAAACCAGCAGUCGUCUAACAUCUCAUAGUUGUUACCAUGUCUUCCCAAAGCGUUAAUUCUUCGAGCAUGCGUCAUCAUCUUUGUUUCGACUCUCCACCUCUUCUCUGUCGCUCCGCACAACAGGCACAAUUCACUAGAGGUCAGCGUGUAUGUUUAAACGACGUGACUUCCAUACACUCGCAAAUACAAAACAUCUUGGCGGGCAUGCUGA